AUGACGAAAAACAAGCAAAGAGGCAACCCGAAAUUCUCAUUCUUAUUUGGUGGACCACAACAUGACUUUUAUAACCGAUGUGUAGCAGAAGAAAGAGCAAAUAUGAAAGCACAAUCUCUUCAGCAAAUGCCGCCUGUUGUAAGGCAUAACGUUCCUCCGCCGUUGCAGUCAAAUGUUCAUCCAUCAAUCCAAACAGCUCCUUGGCGUCAGCAAAACCCUAUACCACAUGCCCCAUCACAUCAGUCAGUCUCAUUUCCACCAGUGCAGCAGCCUCCAGGAAUGUUGAUGCAAGUAGCUCCUCCUAUGCAUCGCAUGGGAAUCGAUGCUAAUGAAUUUAAUGACAUUCUCAAACCUGUGAUAGAAACAUGUUCUAAAGAUUCGGCAUUAGAACAUGUAAUUCCUCCGAUAUUCGACGCUGCUUUCAAAUCAUGCGAAUCUGCUGAUCAUAAGCAAAAACUCGAUAAGCAAGUACGCCACAACAGUGCUUACCAACAAGGGACACCUAAAAUGCAGCAUGUUGAUUCCGCAGGCUACAGCGUUCCCAAUAUGGUACCGCCCUUAAUUCCCAGCCAACAGCCAAACGCAGUAGGGAAUCAGCCCCCACCCAAUUUUAUAGCACACAACCCUAGCUCAUCAAUGCCACCUUCUUCCGGUCAGAUACCACCACCGCCGUUAGGGAUGUCUGUAACAACUCCGGACGCGAACCAAAUGCAAGCUAAAUAUUAUGACCUACCCGCUGGCUUAAUUGUCCCUCUAACCAAGACCUGUAGCACUGAAUAUAAAUCUCUAGAACCAGGUGAGGUUAAGCUACCUCUUCCACAACCCCCUGAUGAAGAAUUAUUGCAAGCUUUAGAUACCUUUUACAGUUUCGAAACAAAAGAAGGCAACUUAGACAGUGAAGGAUGGAAUAUUGAAGCUGUUUUAGCCUUUACGAAAACUUUACCAAAAAGAAGUCUUAUUCAAGAUCGCGAUCUAGAUCAAGAUCGAGAUCUCCAAGAAGACGUAGACGCCGGCGCCACUCUAGAUCAGAAUCUAGAUCGCCAAGAUCGGACAGGCAAGCGAAGAUCACGUUCGCGUUCUUCCUCUCCUCGCCGAUCAAGAUCGCGAUCAUACUCUCCAAAGCGAUCUCCUCGCGAUCGAGAAAGAAGAAGUAUUACGCCACCAUUUGUCCCUUUUCAAUCUACAAGGCGAGAAGAUUUUAUAAACGAAGAUAAUGUUGGUCAUCAACUAUUACGAAAAAUGGGAUGGGGCGGUUCUGGACUGGGAGCAAAGGAACAAGGUAUUCAUGAACCAAUUAAAGAAGGCGAAGUCAGAGACAAAGUUGAUCAGUACAAGGGUGUUGGUGUUUCCCUUAAUGACGCCUUUGACACAUAUCGCAAAAGUAAAAGUUACACCUAUAAUAGGAAGCCUCGUGGAAGUGACAGAUAAGCAAUUGCUAAAGGAGCAUGAAAGAACUUUUUUUUAUACCUCAUCAAGUUGCGCUAGCGAUGCAAAUAGGGCUAAAAAUCUACGUAACUUGAAAACGGUUUUAAAAGACAUGGUACUUUACGAUGGAGUGCUGAUUCUGUAAAUGUAAUCUAUUAAUUAUUAUAGUUGAACCCUUAAAACCUACAAAAAAU